AUGGAUCUCAAUCCCCUCUUCGAUGCUGACAUCGAGGACGACAACUCUUCCUCCUCUUCCGAUGCCGGCCUGUCCUUCGCCGCCGGCGCCGGUUCUGAUGCCCCCACCCCUCCUGUCACAGUUCUCCAAACUGUGAACAUCAAAUCUCAUGUUCAUGUUGUUCUUGAACUUGCCAAUCCCAACUAUGAUGAAUGGCGUUGCUUCUUUGAUGCCUUUCUCGGCAAAUUCAAUCUUGUUCCCCAUGUGUCCGUGGCACCAACCAUCGAUCAACGCCGCGAUCCGGACUGGGUCGUCAUUGAUCAGUGCAUCGUCAGCUGGAUCUACAUCUCCAUCUCCAAGGACGUGCGCAACAUCGUGCGCGCCCCCAAAGCCACGGCAUACAGCAUCUGGCAGAAGAAGAUCCACGAUCAAUUCCGCGACAACGAACUCCAUCGCGCCGUCUAUCUGGAAGCUGAGUACCGCAACCUCGUUCAAGGGGACAUGGACAUCACCCAGUACACCGGUCGCCUGAAGCAGCUCGCCGAUGCCCUCCGCGACGUCGGCCAACCGGUCAAGGAGACCAGUCAAGUUCUCACCAUGCUCCGCGGACUCAGCUCCAGGUACCGCCAUGCCAUCCCGGCCAUCACGUCGCGUCAACCGCCACACACCUUCCUCUCCGCCAGGUCCUAUCUUCUUCUGGAGGAACAAUACGACAAAGAGCACGCCAAGACCUCAGCCCAACAUGCUCUCCUCACCGCCGGGGGAUCCGGGGGAUCCCGAUCGUCGUCAUCCACUGCGGGCGAAGGCGGGUCCUCCUCCAACAACAACCCGCCUGCGCCCCCUCCUGUCUCCGGCAACACUGGCGGACCGACCUCGCGCAACGACAACAAAGGGGGGCGUGGACGUGGCCGCGGUCGCGGUCGUGGUCGCGGCUUUACUCAUCAGCAAUUCGGUGGACAGCCAUUCGGCUACCGGCCUCCUCACGGACCUCCUGGCGCAAACCCCUGGACGGGCAUGGUCCAGGCCUGGCAGAUGCCGUUCCGCCCGCCUGGUGCCGGCGUGCUCGGACCUCGACCCGGCACGACACCACAUCAGGCAUUCUUCCACGGCAACGGCGACCCCAACACGUACCCUCCACCACCAGCUCCAACACCUGAUGUAUGGAACAAUCAAGCACUCCUCGCCGCUCUGAUGACGGCGAACGUACCAUCGACGGGACCUCAAACCGCCGAAUGGAUCGUCCAACGCAAACGGUGCUCCUCCGAUGUAACAGUCGUGGCGAGCUCUACCCCCUACACCCACCAUCAGCCAUGGCGCUCGUCACCACCGCACCAACAUCACAUCUGUGGCACCAACGACUUGGACAUCCAGGACGCCAUGCUCUUCAUCAAACCCUUCGUCAUGUUGAUUUUGUUCCUAGCAAAGUUCCUCCAGUGUGUGAUAGCUGUCAGUUAG